UAGGCCUCAUUCAAGACCUUGAUGAAAAAUAGUUGGGCUUUACUAGUUAUAGGUUUGUUGGAGAUACAGAUUUUUGUCUUAUUGACUCGAGUCUGCUGCUUCCUCGCACAUGAAAUAGGGGGAUAAGAAAAGAAAGAAACAUGGCGGCAUAAGAGCAAAAUGUUCUUCAAUUCACUCCAUUUUCUUUCUCUGGCUUCAGCCCUCAGCCGUCAAAAGCGUUUCAAACGGGAAUGAUUAUUUUGCUUGGGACUUCUGUAUAUGGGAUUUUUAGAUAGUUAGAUAAAGUGGAAUUAUUGUGGCGGAUAUGGAGCUGAUGAUGCCCUCUGCCAAAACCCAUGAAGGGUUUUGCUCUUAUAAUUCUACAAUUCAUAGGGGAAUCACAAAAGGAAUGAAUUUUGGGGUAAUGGAUGGAAAUAACAUGUGUUGUAGCUUGACUUCUGCUAAGGUUAUGGUGGGUUGUCAGAAGUCUAGGUUUGUUGUCAUCCAUUCUGUUAAUCUUGGUGAACGGAGUUGUAGGCAAAGGUUGGGGAAACGAAGGGAAGUUAAAGUUUCUGCUGUUCCGAAGAUGGAAACUUUGAGUACUAAUGGUAGGUUAGUGAAUUAUGAGAAAAGCCCAGGAGAGCAGGGGCAGCCCUCUGGCAAUUUUGAGGAGUUUGAGAGAAAUAAUUAUCUUCGUCGGUUGGUUAAGCAUGGGGAUUUGGAGGAAGCGUUUAGGCAUCUGGAAACCAUGUUUUACAGGGGUGACAUUCCAGAUAUUAUACCAUGCACGAGUUUGAUCCGGGGGUUUUGUAAGGAUGGGAAGACUAAGAAGGCGACUAAAGUCGUGGAAUUUCUGGAGGAGUCCGGGGCUGUUCCUGAUGUUAUUACCUAUAAUGUGUUGAUCAGCGGGUAUUGCAAGUCUGGGGAGAUUGAUAAUGCAUUGAAGAUGCUUGACAGAAUGAGUGUUGCUCCAGAUGUUGUUACUUAUAACACUGUCUUGCGGUCUUUGUGUGCUAGUGGAAAAUUGAAGCAGGCAAUGGUAGUUCUUGACAAGCAGUUGCAAAGGAAGUGUUAUCCUGAUGUUAUAACUUACACAAUUUUGAUUGAAGCUACUUGCAAGGAAAGUGGGAUCGGACCGGCCAUGAAGCUGUUGGAUGAGAUGAGAAGUAGAGGAUGUAAACCUGAUGUGGUUACUUAUAACGUUCUUAUCAAUGGCAUUUGCAAGGAAGGGAGGUUGGAUGAAGCAAUCAAGUUCUUGGAUAAAAUGCCAUCAUACGGCUGCCAGCCUAAUGUCAUUACUCACAACAUCGUUUUGCGUAGUAUGUGCAGUACCGGGAGGUGGAUGGAUGCAGAGAAACUCUUGGCUGACAUGCUUAAAAGAGGCUGUUCCCCCAGUGUAGUUACAUUCAACAUCUUAAUCAACUUUCUAUGUAGGAAGGGAUUAUUGGGGCGAGCAAUUGAUGUUCUAGAAAAUAUGCCUAAACAUGGAUGUACUCCAAAUUCCUUGAGUUACAAUCCGCUGCUUCAUGCGUUCUGCAAAGAAAAGAAGAUGGAUAGAGCGAUAGAGUAUCUAGAGAUAAUGGUACGUAGGGGUUGUUAUCCGGAUAUAGUCACCUAUAACACAUUGCUUACUGCUUUGUGCAAAGAUGGGAAAGUGGACCUUGCAGUGGAGAUCCUUGAUCAGCUAGACAGUAGAGGUUGCUCGCCAGUUCUAAUCACUUACAACACAGUGAUCGAUGGACUGUCAAAGGUGGGAAAAACACAACAUGCCAUAAAACUCAUGCGGCAAAUGCGGGACAAAGGUCUGCAACCAGAUGCAGUUACUUACAAUUCACUCAUUUCAGGGCUUAGUAGAGAAGGUAAGGUCGAUGAGGCCAUCAGGUUGUUACACGACUUGGAAGGUCUUGGUGUCAAACCUAAUGCUGUAAUCUACAAUGCCGUCAUGCUUGGUCUCUGUAAAGCUCGCCAAACUGCUCGAGCAAUCGACUAUUUUGUUUAUAUGGUAUCUAAAGGAUGUAAACCUACUGAAUCAACCUACACAAUAUUGAUUGAAGGCAUUGCUUUUGAAGGAUUGGCAGUAGAGUCAUUGGAGUUGCUUGAGGAGUUAUGCUCUAGAGGCGUUGUGAAGAAAAGUUCAGCUGAACAACUUUUAAUAAAGAUUUAGUAACAUCUGGUAUUGUGAAGCAACUUGAUUCAUUAAACUUGCUUAUCUUUAUGGCUUAUAAGUCUUAAACCUUCACUAGUAAGCAAGUUCAGUUUUGUUUCUCAGUAGACUUGGUGUGUUUUGUCUCAGGAGCAAGGUUCUAUGAGUGAUAUUUAGCCUUUUUCUUUGUCCGAAAUGCUCAUUCGUUUACCAUUUAUGCAAAUCAGGACUUAAUGCAAUUACAGUGUAUUCUAUCUGCUAACUGUGGGAUAACAAGAUUGGAUCAUCUCAGAUAAAGUUACUCCGGUCGCUGGUCACUGAGAAGUAAGAACAUAUGCAUUGGUUUUGAUCUUUAUGUUUGGAUUUCUGGAUUUAUUGGGAUUGCAAAUUUGCAACCGCAAUCACUGAUUCUGACCAUUACUGGCGGGUUUAGAAAUUUCAAGCACUGGAAGCGGUCACUAGGGCAUUACCUUAACCAGUGGUACAAGUUGGAUAGCAGUCACCUGUAAAACUAACAUUGUGAAAAUUGUGUACAUUUACGAGCCUCCAAGAGAACAGAUGGUCCUAUGUAUAGGAACUUGGUAUCACUUAUCACUCUGUGGCCGAAAUUUUAUGGUCCAAACUCCAAAACUAUGAUAAUCACGCUAUCAAGAGUAACAAUCCAGUCAGAAAACUUCUUGGGUUGCAUCCUAUUUUGUAGCAAUAGAUCUUUCUAAUAAAGACAUGAAUGUUUCAC